UCUCUCUCUCUCUCUCUCUCUCUCUCUCUCUCUCUCUCUCGCAGGCAGUAGGUUUUUUAUUACUUCCUAUGGAGCUCUGUACAUAUCAGAAGUCCAGAAGGAGGAUGCGCUGUCCACAUACCGCUGCAUCACCAAACACGCGUAUAGUGGAGAGACGCGGCAGAGCAAUGGAGCGCGCCUCUCAGUGCUGGACCCCACAGAAUCCACCCCUGCUAUCCUGGACAGUUUCCAGUCUCGUGAGAUCGGAGCGGGGCACAGCGUGGAGCUGGCCUGCAUUGCCUCGGGUUACCCCAACCCUGCAAUCCGCUGGCUCAAGGACGGGCGCCCCCUGCCUGCCGACAGCCGGCGCACCAAGAGACUGACCGGGCUGACCAUCAGCGACCUGCGGCUGGAGGACAGCGGACACUACAUCUGUGAGGUCACCAACACCUUCGGAUCAGCCGAGGUCACAGGGCACCUCAGUGUGAUCGACCCUCUGCGGGUGACCCUGACCCCUAAGAAGUUGAAGACAGGGAUCGGCAGCACAGUGAUCCUGUCGUGCGCUGUGCAGGGGUCCCCCGAGUUCACGAUCCGUUGGUACCGCAACACAGAGCUGGUGACCCCCGAUGACUACAUCUCCAUCCGAGGCAUCAACAACGAGACCCUGCUCAUCACCGCGGCUCAGAAGAGCCACUCCGGUGCUUACCAGUGCUUCGCUACCCGCAAGAUCCAGACUGCACAGGACUUCUCUGUGAUACUGCUGGAGGACGGGACCCCGCGCAUCGUCUCCUCGUUCAGCGAGCGCGUGGUGAACCCCGGGGAGCAGUUCUCCUUGAUGUGUGCGGCGAAGGCGGCUCCGCCCCCCUCCCUGAGCUGGACCCUGGACGACGAGCCCAUCGCCCGCGACGGCACACACCGAACGAACCAGUACGCCAUGUCGGACGGCAGCACGGUGAGCCACAUGAACAUGACGAGCCCGCAGAUCCGCGACGGGGGGGUGUACCGCUGCACCGCACGCAACUCCGCCGGUAGCGCAGAGUACCAAGCGCGAAUAAACGUAAGAGGUGACCCCCCCAGUAUCCGAGGGAUGCGGAACAUCACUGCGGUGGCGGGGCGGGACAGCUUCAUUAACUGCCGUGUGAUUGGCUACCCCUACUAUUCCAUCAAGUGGUACAAGGACUCCCUGCUGCUCCCGGACAAUCACAGGCAGGUCGUGUACGAGAACGGGACCCUGAAGCUGAUGGACGUGCAGAAGGGGAUGGACGAGGGGGAGUACGUGUGCAGCGUGCUGAUCCAGCCCCAGCUCUCCAUCAGCCAGAGCGUGCACGUUACUGUCAAAGUGCCCCCCCUGAUCCAGCCCUUCGAC